AUGAUCGGAUAUAAACCUAUCUCUUCAGGAUCCACAUGGAGUCCUUGGAAACCAAUGCCACUAGUGCUAGGUGCUGCUGUUGGUACUGGUCUUAUUCUGGUAGGUUUAGCAUUAGGCUUAGGUUUAGGAAUUGGAUUACAUAAUGAUAGUAAAAAUUUGACUAUGGUUACACCAUCAACUACUACAACGACUACUACUACUUCUACAACACUGUCAACAUCAUCAACAACAACAACAACAGGAUCAACAACAACAGGAUCAACAACAACAACUACAACAACAACAACAACAACGACAACAACAACGACUACGACGACAGUGAUAACAUCAGUCAUAUCAACAACUGUACCAAUAAGUGGAACAACAGCUGGUGCAUAA